UUAGAAAGUGACGUUCUAUAAAAGUUUUGUGUUUAUCGGCAUCUUGUUUGUGAUCGGUUAUUGGUGAUUUUUUUAAAUUUUCAAAGAAACUAUGAAUUUAGAACCGAUCAAUAAUGCCCUGUCCCAUUUGCGAGUGCUUCGGUCUAGUGUUGGGCAAGUUUUUGAGUCGCUCGGCAAUGGUGUACGUGCGGAACACGGUGAAGAAGGAAAGGAACAAAAGUUUCUGCACGAGUUACAGGAGCUGCUCAAUUCCGUAAACUCCAACCUCAGAGAAUUCGAAACCUGCAUCAAUGAUCUCACGCCACCGCAGGCUCCAUUCAAUCUGGCCAACACUGCGUACCUUUCACUAGAAACAAACUUGGAACGCCAAGCGUUGUACCCACAUCUAGUACAAAGCUACAAGUGGCACGAUAAAUUGCACGAAUACAGUACUUUUGCGUCAACGUUGCUUCAACAGAAUGCCCUUAAACGGUCCUAUUAUGGAAAUACCAAACGAAGAAGGUCAUUGCCUUCCAGCCAUCUGGCAACGCCCCAGACGGUAGACAACCUAAUCGGCAGUAUUCAUUUCAACAACAUGAACCUUAAAAUAGUACGUCCGUCUAUGACGAACGCAAUUCUACACAUAACUAUCGCACGAGUCUUGCGAGCAGCCGUUAUCCUGAAGGGACUUCUGAUCGAAUGGGUUACCGUUAAGGGCUACGAUGAAUCGCUGCUGGAUGGAGUUGACGAACAUUGGACCGAAUCUCGGCAUCAGGUUUUUCGUAAAGUACAAGAUCAUGCUCAUUCAGCGAUGUUGCACUUUUUCUCGCCAACCCUUCCGGAACUGGCGAUUCGAAGUUUCAUAACGUGGUUCCGCAGCUACGUAACACUUUUUGCUGAUCCGUGCAAGAAAUGCGGAAAACAUUUACAUAAUACGCUUCCGCCAACAUGGAGAGAUCUCCGAACGCUUGAACCGUUUCACGAGGAAUGUAAACAAUGAGGAUCGAUGUUGUGGGGUAAAUUUAAGGUUUACUUUUUCUUUUGUGUAAUUUUGAUCUGUAUUAAAGACAUAUAAAAGUA